AUGUUUGCGUCCCGGUCACUUUACCCUGCGUCGCGCAGACCUCUACACAAUGCUUUCUCCAAAAGAAACAAUAUCUUGAAGAAAUCGUAUUCAAGUUCGCAAGCUGCAGCACGGACAACGGACCCAGGUCCUGAACGAAGACAAACCCAUUCGCGACAUCCUGCACAAGGCCACGACUCGUUGCUUGGUCGAACCCACCGACAUUCCACGACAGAUGCGGUCAAGAAGAGUCUACGCGACCUUCUGAGGGAGACAGCGCAGCCAGUAGCAGUCGUCACGUCUCUAAUGCCAGAAAACGAGAGACAAAACUGCCAAUUCCACGGUGCAACGCUAUCUUCGUUCACCUCAAUAUCCAUGGACCCGCAUCCUCUCGUCGCCUUCGCCCUUCGGAUACCCUCGCGAAUGGCAUCAACUUUGACUUCACUUGCACCACCCCUUGCACCACCUCAGUCGGCGCCGAGCUCAGUACCAGGAUUUGAACAUAGACCCAAGUCACCUUCAGACGCGCAUAUGGUCAUCAACAUCCUCUCGCAUACCCAAGCCGACAUUGCACACCGUUUCUCAAGACCCGACCUCUUUCCUCAACCCUUCUCAUCCACGCCAUACUCCCUGACAAAAGACGGCUUGCCCAUUCUACACGACUCCCUAGGCGCAAUAUCGUGCAGACUCGUCGCGCGGCCUCUAAAGCUUUCUGAACUCGGCGGGAAACACCCGGAAGAGGCUGAAGGGGAGAGGCAGCCACAGGAAGCAACAGGCGUGGUCUCCGAGCUCUUCAUCGCCAGGGUGCUGAGGGUGGAGAGUUUACCCAAGGGAGAGAAAGAGGACAAGCCGUUGUCGCCGUUGCUCCGAAUGCUUCGAGCUCCCCCUCUCUUCAGAAGGUGUGAUAAAAAGUUGGUAUGGGUUCAUGACUACUUGACUUCUCUCCCGACGGGGGGACAGGCAAUAAUGGGGUGA